AAUGGGCUUCUAUGUAGGCGUUUCCUUACUCCACUACAUGGCGCCACACGGAGAAGGCAAACCUUGACAUAACUGGGUCAUCGCUUCUAACAAACACAAAAUACUAAAAUGCAGGCGGCUAUGGAUAUCACGGCAAAGUACUGCCACAAAGAGAUGGACGCCUAUGGUUCAUGUGUGGCUUCCAAUCCAUCAACAUGGCAGGAGAAGUGUCACGAACUGAAGAUGAAGGUUGCACAAUGCACAUCAUCACACCCGGUGAUCCAGAAGAUCAGACAAGACUGUUCCAAGCAAUUUGUGGAGUUCGAGAAGUGUCUGAUGGAAAACCAGGGUACGCCUGCCUCUUGUUCGGCGCACGUGACUCGCUUUCUUGGCUGUGCCGAGACGGUGGAUCUCAGUGGAGUGGAGACAAAUCCAGUACCUGUGCCAUCGUAGCGCUCAACCAUUUCAACCCUUAUCCUAAAGCGAAGAUUCUCCUACCUGUUCUGUUUUUGUCAACUUUACAUAUUGUGAUUAUUUCCUAUUUUCAAAUCAAGUGUUACUUUUGCCUAAUCACGGAUAUAUCCCUAGAUCGUAUUUCAUUAAAAGUAACGUAUGUCUUACUCAA